AUUGGACUGACAUUUUUUAUUACAUUUUACUUUGGACUAGUUCAUACUGAAACUUGACUUUGGCCUUAACCAACUCUAGGCGAAAGUGAAAUUAGACUUUGGACUAGUUCAAAGUGGAAUUUGACUUUGGCCUAGGCCAAUAUUACAUUGGACUGAAUUUCACUUUGGACGCUAACAUAUAUAUGACGUGAUUACGACAUUCACUUAGAGUAUAUAAGAACAAUCAUUAUCUGAUUUACAAUUAAUAAAAUCUAUCGAUUAUUUUGCCGACAUCAUAGAAAAUAAGGCAAGUUAGUUUGAUGUAGAAUCGUUAAAGUCCCAGAGUUCUUUAGAAGUGCUACCCGACAUCAAAUAUUAAGUGACUGUGAAAGUCAAGAAAUUUUGGCUGAUUCUGCUUAUGAAAGCGAGGCUAAAAUUGAAGAUGACAGCGAAGAAGAAGAUAAUUAUGAGGAUAUGGAAGUAGAUGAACCUGAAGAAACUUCUAUCAAUUUUCUGCGAGUAAUCGUCGAAUAA